AUGGCACUUGGCUUAGAGUUUCCAACACAUUUCACCUUAUAUGUUGCCAGUGUGGAAGAAGAUACGAAUAGUUUCGAAGAUCUUUCUGCACGUCUAGAAAACCUGAUCACGUUAGAAUAUGACUCUGUCGAUUCCAUACAGUCGAUUCGAUUUCCGGUUAAAUGUGAAAUGGUAAAAUGGAAUAGAUGGAGAGAUGCUCUUGAAGAAAGGUUUGAUCCCGAAAUUUUAGAAUUUGUGAGUAAGAACGGACAAUAUGCUUUCUAUGUAUUACCCGGAAACAAUUCGAAUACAAGAGUUUUUGUGGGAAACAAAAGACAGGCAGUUGUAGAGGUUAAAAAUUGGAGUAUUGGUAAGCACUGUUCGUGUGGUUUCUUUGGAUAUUUCAUAACGAAUGCUUACACUAAGGUGAACGAUAAUGUAGAUUUCGUUGAGAAGACCAUUUUGAACAUCAUUUUAAGUUUGUUUUUACCAGAGCAGGCCGUCAUCAAGAAAUUCGUAUUAGAACCUUCGGCCGAGUCAAAGGUAGAAGCCGACAGCAUGAGAACAAUGAAAUAUUCUCCAAUGUAUCAAAUAACGUUCAGCCUCAUGAAUGGAGAUCCAUCAAGUUUAUUUGUAGAUUGGGAUAUUGAACGGGCUGUCGAUAUAUACUUGAAGCCGUUUGUUGACGAGAUUUCAAUAAUUUCGGAAGUGACUGUUGAGUCGCAGAUUCAACAUUACGCCAGGUUUACAUUUGAGCCUCGGAAGAAUAAAGAUGGUGAUAACGAACAUUUUUAUUUGACCCCCGAUCUGCUGCCUCAUUUUAUCAAUGCAGCAGAAUGGAAUCUCGGAUUACUUGGUGUCCACGAUUUUUGGCUUGAAGGCGGAACGAAAUUAGAUCCGUCGAUAAACGUUGAGUUUGCAUCCCCGCCAAGCGCUGCCAUUACAACAUGGGAGUUGGACAGUUUGGUGCGACGUCGCAUAGCUGAGAAUAUUGUUACCACAAUUUCAACUUUAAAAUCAUUGUCUCAAUUAGUCACCGAGAUUCCGAAUAUG